GUCAUAAACAUGUGAAAUGGUAAAAAAGUUAAAAGUAAAAAACAUUUAUAAUAUUAUCUCCAACAGUCAAACUAACUAAUCUACAUUAGUCACUACACUCAAUCUGAGUCAGUGGCGUCACUGCGUCAGUCAAGUUUCAAACACAAUACCGGUUGGUGGUUGCCGAAUUUCGAGUUCCCGACGUAAUUCCGUACCCCUGUAGCCUGUCAAAAAACUCGAAUUCAAUCGUUAUUCGUCAAUCAAUAUAUUAAUUGGAGGCUGGAGCAUUGGACCAUGAUGGCGUGAUUUGAUCAUUGGACGUUUACUCUUUAUUUUCAAUACAUACUACAUUUGUACUGUAUAGGUAGUCCAAAUUGAAUGUUCUUCACAGGAUUUUCUAAAGUCAAUAAGGCGUUGUAGAUGGUGUUUGGAUUGUUCUGUUUUAACUUGUGAUUUCCUGAUCCUCAAUUUGAAUACUUCAAAAAUGGACCAACAACCAAAGGAUACUUCAGAAAUAGUUCCUCGAAAAUAUCAACUUGAGCUUCUAGAGGAUUGUAAAAAAGCAAACACAAUUUUAUACCUACCAACUGGAAGUGGCAAAACAUAUAUAGCUACAAUGCUUGUUAAAAGCAUGGGCGAUUGUUUAACUAAACCAAUAGGUCAAGGAAAAAAAUGGACAUUUUUUAUUGUCCAAUCCGUGCCGCUUGUUAGCCAACAAGCAGGUAAUUUAAGAAGGCAUUUGCCAUGGAAUAUAGGAACAUUUAGUGGUGAUAUGAAUGUUGACUUUUGGUCUCAACAGCAAUGGAAUGAGAUAUUGGAGAAAUGCCAUAUUCUGGUUAUGACUGCUCAAAUUUAUUUGAAUAAUCUGCGUCAUGGAUACAUGCAUAUCAAGGAUGCUAAUCUUCUUAUUUUUGAUGAAUGCCAUCAUGCUGUAGCAUUACAUCCAUUUAAACAAGUAAUGCAAGUACUUCAUGAUACCGAUUUAAAAACUGAUGAACGUCCCCGUAUUCUUGGACUCACUGCUACUUUGAUCAACGCAAAUACCAAAAAUGUCAGAGAUGAGUUAACUAAAUUGCAAAUAACAUUUAGUGCCACUAUAAAGACUAGAUAUGAUGAUAAUAUCCAAAUUUUUUCAGCACGUCCAAAAGAAUAUAUAAGGUUAUAUGAUGAGUAUAUUUUGGAUGAUGGAAUUAAAGCUAUUGUUAAAAGAAUAACAACAAAUAUUUGUAAUCUGAGAAAAAUUCAGGCUCCUGUCAAAAUUGAACCAAUUAAAGAAAACAAUGAAACUUAUUAUUUGGAGUAUCAAAAACAAGCUUCAAAGAAUUUUGCCAAUUAUUUUCUUGAUAUAGAGGCAAAUCUUGUUGAUGGAGGAGCUUAUAUUGCAUAUUUAGUUACAUGGCAUUUUAUGGUUGAAAUUGAAAAAAAAAGAAAAAUAUGUACUGAUGCAAAAAGACUUACUAUUAUGUCUUUGGUAUUAUCAGAAUUAACUAUAAUUCGUAAAAUGUUGUAUGACUACAUGAAUAAACACUCAUUUAUUCACAAAGGUCAUUCAACUACAUUACACAAUACAUCUCCUAAACUAAAAAAAUUAAUUGAAAUUUUAUCUUCAAUUAAAAUCACUGACACUUGUUUAGUAUUUGUUGAUCGCCGAACCACUGCUAAAAUUUUAUAUCAUUAUAUCAAGGAUUAUAUUGAUGAAUUUAAUCAAGUAAAUAUUGUAUGCGAGUUCAUAGUUGGUGCAAGAGGAAUAUUUAGUCCUGAUUGCAAAGAAAUGGUGUAUAAAAAACAACAAAAUAACGACAUUAUUAAGAAGUUUAACGAUAACGUUAUUAAUGUUCUCAUAACAUCAGAAGUACUAGAAGAAGGUGUUGAUAUUCAAACUUGCAAUUAUGUCAUUAGAUAUGAUUCUCCUAAAAAUUUUCCUUCUUAUAUACAAUCUAAAGGAAGAGCUCGUUCUACUGAUAGUAAAUUUAUUUUAAUGGUGCCAAAUCAGAUGAAAUUUAAUAAAACUCAAAAUGAAUAUAAUAAAAUGGAAGAAGAAAUUGUAAAACUAUUGGUAGAAAAUGACAUUGAUGAUGAAAAUAAUGAUGAAAAUAUGACAGAAGUUUUUAAUACUAAGACCAAACGUGCUGUAUUAACUCAUGAAAUUGCUAUAAGUAUUAUUAAUAGGUACUGUUAUUCUUUACCUCAAGAUCGAUUCACGGAUUUGAGUCCAGAAUGGUAUAUGGCACAAAAUAAUAAAAAGUUUAAAAAGUACAAACUAAAACUGCCCAUUAAUGGUGUUAUUAAGACUCCUAUUGAUGGAAUAUUUUGUGCAAAUAAAAAAAAUGCUAAAAAAAGUGCAGCAUUUAACGCGUGCAUUGAAUUGUAUAAGAUUGGAGCAUUAGAUGAAUAUCUGUUGCCUAUAAAUAUUAAAAAUACUGCGGUAUUUAAUGAUUUAAAAUGGUUUCCACAUUGGGAUGAAGAAGAUAUUGAAGCAAGUGUAUAUAAAUUAAAACCGGGAACUAAUAAAAUGAAGAGAAUGGUGCAUAUUGAAAGUCCAACAUACUUACACGGAUCUUAUCCACAAGUUAAUCAGUCAUCAUAUUUACAUGUUCUUCACUGUGUUCCUGAUUACACCAAACUGGAUGAAUGUAAAUACGAAACAUUUGAUAAAUUAUUAAGGUCAAAUGAAGAAUUUGGAAUUUUAACAUCAAAUAAACUACCACAAGUAUCUAAUUUUCCUAUAUUUUUACCUUUUGGUAAUGUGAAUGUUAGCAUAAAAGUAAAUGUUGAAAUGUUGUAUCUUGACCACAAAAGUCAUAAGCAACUAGAAAAUUUCCAUAACAAAUUAUUUGUGGAUGUGUUGGGAGUAAAAGAUUUUAUUGCAAGAAGUUAUGACAAUGGAGAUAAUUCAUAUUUAGUAGUCCCUAUUUUUUUUACAGAUAAUAUUUAUAAUGUGGAUUGGAAUGUUAUCAGUAUAAACAAAUUUGUUGAAACAGAAGAACCUACUAUGGAACAAAGACAAUCGAAAUUUUAUGAAAAAUACCUUGAGAAACCUAAUGUAAUUUCACCGUGGUACAGAAACAUAGUACCAGUACAAAGAUAUAUUGUCACUGAUGUUUACUUGGAUAUGACACCUGAAAGUUCUUUUCCAACUUCUGAGUAUGAUACAUAUGCAACAUACUUUAGUGAUAAGUAUAGCAUUCAGGUUGCCCAUAAAAAUCAACCUAUGAUAAAAGUAAAAUCAUUGGGUGUGUCAAAAAUUAAUUAUUUAGUUCCCAGAAUUUCUACCGGUAAAAUUGAUAAACGAAGUGAAUACAUUGAGAUACUUGUACCAGAAUUUUGUACUUGGCAUAAAUUCCCAUCAGUUUAUUGGUUAAAAGCUUUAAUGCUGCCAACUUUAUUAUAUCGAUUAGAUAAGUUAUUACUGGCUGAGGAUCUUCUUGUAAAAAUUAAUUCUUUAUGUAAUAUUGAAGUAGCAGACAAUACAAACGAAGACACAGUAAAGAUUGAUAAUUUUAGUGGUAAUCAUGAAGGCAAAAAGAAAAAUAUUAUAUUGCCAAUAAGUGAAACAUUAAAAUACUUAGAAAACUCCCAUGAUAAUAAUAUGGUUGAUGAGUGGAAUUCAAAUAAUUUUCCAAUCGAUAUUGAAAGGCAAAAAAACACAACAAUGUUGGAUGUUCUUAAUUAUCAUACAUUUAUGUAUGCUAUAAAUAAAUCCAAGGGUAACAAUGGUAUUGAUAGUCAAAAUUCAAAAUCAUCCAGUUUAAACGAGUUUAAAUCAAAAUCAAAAUACAAAUCGCCAGAUGGAAAAUCAAAUCAUAGAACGGAGUGCAAAAAACGUAGACUUUCAUCAUAUAAUAAAGAACAGAUUGAAGAAAUCAAUAAAUUUAUGAUAAAAUCAAAGCCAGAACCUAUGAUUGUUCAAAAAUUAGUUGAACUCAACAUCAUUAACUUCGUUGAAAUGAAUGAUAUCCUAAAAAAUGUGUUAACUGAGAUGAACACUUUAAAUUUAACAAAUAAUCCACCACCAAAAUUGAGUUCACUGUCCAUAGAAGUUUCAAAACAAAAUAUCGGACCGAAGCAGAGUGAUAUUUUAAAGGUUAUAACACUACCAUUUGCUAAUGAUAUGUUUAAUUAUGAGCGCAUGGAAACAUACGGCGAUAGUUUCCUGAAAUUUGCUGUAUCAUUGGUACUAUUUGAUGCUUUUCCAUCAGAUAACGAAGGAGUUCUUACUGAAUUAAAAAUGAAAAUGGUUGGAAAUCGAAAUUUGUUGUAUGCUGGCAGGAAUUUAAAUCUUGGAUCUUAUUUAGUGGUUAAUGUUUUUGACCCAAACAUGGAUUGGAUACCUCCAUGCUUUGGUGUUCCUAAUAAAUUAAAGGAAAUCAUUGAGGAGGGUAAUUUUCAAUCAGAUGUACUUCAUCAGAUAAGCAUUCCUAAAGACAAUCAAACUACCGGAAUAUUAUCAGAUGAAACUUGGACUGAAAUUGAGACUGAACUCUUGAAAUUUAAACGAUUGUCUGAUAUGCCAAUAUCAGAUAGCGACGAAGAAGAUGGUAUACCACAAAUCGGCCAUUCACAAUCUGAUCUAUUUUUACACAAACAAUCAGUAUCAGAUAAAAUGGUUGCUGACUGUGUUGAAUCAUUGAUUGGUACAUAUGUAUAUAAACGUGGAGUUGAAGUAGGCUUUAAGAUUCUCCAAGGUCUGGGUAUUAUACCAAAACAAUUCAUUGAUACAUUUAAGCCUAAACCAUUUGAAGAUUUAUAUGAUGGCUUGGAUUUUUCAAAAAUUUUGCCUGGAUAUGAAUUACUUGAACGAAGAAUUGGUUACUCAUUUAAACAUAAGCAUCUAUUAGCUCAAGCUCUAACCCAUCCAACCUACCAAUUUGGGUUUUCUGAAUGUUAUCAAAGACUUGAAUUUCUUGGUGAUGCUAUACUUGAUUUCUUGAUUACAACAUAUAUAAUAGAACAUUGUUCUCACAAAACUCCUGGUGAAAUAACUGAUAUUAGAUCUUCACUAGUAAACAACAUAACAUUUGCUUCAUUGAGCGCAAGAAUUGGACUGCAUAGAUUCAUUUUAGCUAAGUCUGUACAAAUGACUGAAGCAAUAGAUCGUUUUUAUGAACAUCAACAAAAAAACAAUCAUAAAAUUGGCCAAGAAGUUUUGUAUCUAAUAGAAGAAAGUGAUUGUUAUGCAGCUGAAUCUGUAGAUGUACCGAAAGUAUUAGGAGACUUAUUUGAGUCACUAAUUGCUGCAAUUUAUUUAGACUGUAAUAGAGAUUUAAAUUUUGUAUGGGCUAUUUGCUAUAGAUUUUUGGAAAAUGAAAUCAAAGAAUUUUGUGACAAUGUUCCUAAAAAUCCUAUACGUAUUUUACAUGAAACUAAAUUACAACCAAAUUUCAGUAAACCUGAUGCUUCUGACAAGGCGGUGGAUAAAGGCUUAGGAACAAUGAUGAAGUUAGAGAUAAUGUUGAACAACAAAAUCAUGAAAAUAUAUGGAUUUGGACAGAAUAAAAAAGAAGCUAAGGUUGCUGCUGCCAAAAUGGCCUUAAAGAAUAUGAAAAAAAUGUUAUCAUAAUGAUUUAUAUUAUUAUUGCUUUUUCUUAUCAAGCAUUCUAAAGUUAUAAACAUUUUUUUAAGACCCUUUUAUUGGUCCAUAUUAAUUUAUCAAAUUUGUCAAUUAAAAAAAAAAAAAGAAACAAAGAUACAGCAGCAUUUGUUAGCUACUGUUUUAUGUCUACCAUUGCAUACAAACAUAACAUACAUGUUCAGUAAUUUAAUAUUAUGUAUAUAAACCUUAUAUUAAAUAAUAUGUUGAUUGAAUUUACAUUGACAUUUUUUAUUUAAAAAUGAAAGUUAAUUACAGGUAUAAAUUAUUAAUGUUUUUUAUCAUAUUUUGAUUGACUGUAAUUACGUAAACUAUGUUAUAAACAGAUUUAACUUUUAAAUUGUCAUAAUAUAGACUGAGAUAAAGUGAUAAGUUCUACAUUUAAGUCCCAAUAUAUUGAUUGUCAAAAAACUAAAAUAUCAUCAAUUAUUUAAAAUACAGAAAGUUUAUUAGAAUUUGUAUUUAUUAUU